GGGCGUGGCCUCGGCGGGCCCGGGCGGAUAAGAGGCGGCGCUGGCGGCCCGCCUCCGAAGCGGGGACUGUCGGUGCGGCCGGGCGGAGGCGGGGCGGCCCGGCACCACCUCCGACUACCUGGAAAGGCCGGGGCUGGCGGGCUAGCGAGGCCCCGGGCCCGCCGCUUCGUUUCCCCACGCCCCCUGCCGAGGAGCGUCCCUCCGCGCCCCAACAUGGCGGGCGGGCGCUGGGGUCCGCUGCUGACGGCGCUCCUGGUGGCCCGAGUCGCGGCGGCGGCGGCGGAGGGCGGCCCCGAGCAGGCCGCGCUACCGGAGGAGCGGAGCUGGGUGCGGCCCAUGACCGCCUCCAACUGGACGCUGGUGAUGGAGGGCGAGUGGAUGCUGAAAUUUUAUGCUCCUUGGUGUCCAUCCUGCCAGCAGACUGAUUCAGAAUGGGAGACAUUUGCAAAGAACGGUGAAAUACUUCAGAUCAGUGUAGGAAAAGUAGAUGUCACUCAAGAACCAGGUUUGAGUGGCCGCUUCUUUGUCACUACUCUCCCAGCAUUUUUUCAUGCAAAGGAUGGGAUAUUCCGCCGUUACCGUGGCCCAGGAGUCUAUGAAGACCUGCAAAAUUAUAUCUUAGAGAAGAAAUGGCAAUCAGUGGAGCCUCUGACUGGCUGGAAAUCCCCAGCUUCUUUGAUGAUGUCUGGAAUGGCUGGUCUUUUUAGUAUCUCUGGCAAGAUAUGGCAUCUUCACAACUAUUUCACAGUGACCCUUGGAAUUCCUGCUUGGUGUUCUUACGUCUUUUUCGUCAUGGCUACCUUGAUUUUUGGCCUUUUCUUGGGUCUGGUCCUGGUGGUAAUAUCAGAAUGUUUCUAUCUACCAUUUCCAAAGCAUUUAUCUGAACACACUGAGCAGACCCGGAAGUCAGAGGAGGCUCACAAAGCCGAACAGCCGCAGGACGCAGAGGAGGAAAAAGAUGAUUCGAAUGAAGAAGAAAACAAGGACAGCCUUGUAGAUGAUGAAGAAGAAAAAGAAGACCUUGCUGAUGAGGACGAAGUAGAGGAGGACGAGGAGGAGGACGGCUCGGUCGCCCUCGCGGACGAGGAGAGGAAUGAUGCCCAGGACCAGGGGCCCCUGAGGGAGGCGCAGGAGGAGGGCGAAGCUGAGCCUGAGGAAGACUUGCCUGAGCCACCCGGCGCCGCCCACACUGAGGUGGCGGAAGACACACUGAGGCAGCGCAAAAGCCAGCACGCCGCUAAGGGACCACAGGUCUAAUGACAGUGUUUCCGAGCAUUCAGACCGAAGGAGUAGGUCCGCUUCCCUCGGGUCUGCAGUGUAAAUCAAAUCCUUAUUUUUUCCUGAAUGAGCAAGCUUCUCUUAAAAAAGCGAUCUCUAGUCAUGUAGUCUCUGGCAUUGAGCCUCAUGUAGGUUAAUGAGAGCGUUUCAGGCAUGACAAUCAGGAAACGGAGAGACAAACCGGGUGUGGGGAUCUGUCCGGGGACUUGGGAUGGGCACACCUUCACUGGCUUGAGGCUAGAGAGUCCUGACCAGGGAAAGCAGCCCGCAGGCGCCAUAACACGAAAGCCAAGCACCACGACCAUCCUCACAGCGCAUGGGAGGGAGUUCUUGCAGAAGUCUUCUGUGUUAAGUAUUUGUUUUUGUCAAACUGUAAGAGAUAUCAGCCACCGCGGUGCGGAGACGCUUUUCCAGAGAUAGAAACCGUGAGGGCCCUGGAUGUUAUGGUAGAAGAGAGCUUGGACGCCAUCCAACUCUCCGAUCCUCCUUUGUUAGGAUUUACUUCUUACCUUUAGUAUUUACAACUUUCCCACCACGGGCCUGCAGGCGCCCCACGCUCUUCACAAUACUUCCUCAGUGAGCGGCCUCCGCAGCCGCCGCUUCCCAUCAGCCGCCUUCAUUCUGACUUGAGGGUUUACAUAAUCCAGAACCAAAGCCCACGGAGCCGUGACUGCCAAGCGUCUUGAAUGAAAUGUUGUAACCUUUGGAGAUUCAAAAGGGAAGCAGGGAUUUUACAGAAGAGAUUUUUGUUGUUGUUUGCCAAAACGUAGUAAUUUUUUUUUUUUUCCCCAAAAGGUUCCUUUAGCAAUAUUCUUUUUGAAGCCAGAAGUGCCCUAAGUGUUGCCCAGGACAAGGUUGUCUUGUGAAGAGAACUUGAAUACUUUGUUGUUUUGCUUCCAUCUCAAGGGGUUCCCUGGCUCUUGAACCACUUUAAUAUUAACUGCAAAACCAUUUCUGGUUUUCUUUCAGUGAUGUGCUUUUGGUGAAAGAAUUAAUGAAAGUGAAUAUCUGGAAAUGAAAGAUUUGGUUUCGUUUCCUUCUUCCUUAAUCUUGUAAAGAAUUUUAUCCCUGUAAAUCUCUCAGUACUCAAUCUACUAAAAGUACCCAAGGGGACCGAUUUCUUUUAAAGAAUCCAUCCAUCUACUUCUGCCUUACCUGAUUUAUGUCUUAGAAUAAAUUCAUAAAAUUAGAUUCCAAGCUUAUGAAAGAUGUCUAAAGUUGAUCCUACACCCCUUGGGUCCAGACAGAAAAACAAGUAAUACAGGUUUAUGAAAUUCAAAAAGUUUCUGUCAUCUUUAUAAAGAAAUAUGCAAUAUACUCCUGUCUGGCUGUUUUGAUAACCCUUACCUUGUAUUAACUUUGAACACAGGCUCCCUAGAGGAGGGGGAGGUGCUGAGACCCUCCACCCUCGAGUGGCUGAAUGGGCCUGUUGCAAGCCUCACACAAAGGGAGUUUUUAUUCUGACAGAGUCCAAUUUUUAGAGAUGGUUAUUUUUCAUCUUUCUAACUCCGUUACCUGACAGUCUCAUCCCCCAGUACUAUGAAGUUCAUGAGGAGUCGCCAAUAGUUUUUCUCUUCGCAGCAACAGCACCUUGAGUUUGAGGCCAUCACAGAACUGACAGACUGGGAAAACCUUGACUUUGGCUCAUUUCCUACCCCUCCUGCCAUUUACGUCUCUAACACAUCCUCAGCCCAAGCACCAUGGUUCUGAUGGUGGCAGCUCCAUCUCCCUGAUCAUGGAAAGCUUUUCUGAUUCAUUGCUGAGCGGAGCCUGUGCUUCUGUCACUGGAUUUCUUUCUCCUAUAAUCAGCUGAAACAAAGUUUUCAAAGAUCAUUAAGUUCAAGUUCAGAGGUAUGGAAUAAAGUUUUCAUAGUUUGGCUUUUCUGCAUAAUACCUAAUAAUACCAUAAUAAUUUCCCACUCCUCAUAUUAAAAAAAAAAAAAGUUUUUAAAGUGGACUAUUUGACCAAAAGGGAAGGAAUGAAGAAAUAAAAUCUAUUUUUGCUUUUUAUGAACAUAAGGCCAAUUUUCUACUGGACCCCAAAUAAUACCUAAUUAUACAUCAAGAGAAAUGUAUGUUCUUUCUCAACAAUACUUAAAAAAAAAAGUCGGAGGAAGAGGAGAAAACAGCUUAGAGAAGAAGAUCCACUAAAAGUUGAAGCUUCUGUGGCUAUAGGAACCAUUUUUUUUUUAACUAUCCUGGCAAAAAGUGGGGUUUUUACUAAAUGGCUGGAAAGGUACACAUCUAAUUUAAUUUCUUUUCACUUAAGGCCUGUAGGUUUGUUUCCAGUAUUUACUGAAUAAAAAACUACAGGGAAAAAUGUCCACCUAAAAUAAUUUGAAAUUAGAUUAACAUUCCAAUAGGCUUUUAUGGAUUUUUUUUCCUGGAGAUAAUCUGUUUAAUCCAGAAGUCAAAUGUGUGGAAACAUGAUUUUGAUUAAAAAAAUAAAAAAUAAUCAUGCUUCCCUAUGUUGCAAUAUCAGUUUUCUAAUUAUAGAAAAGUAUUUUAUGUAAAUCAAAAUUAGGAAAAUUAAAAGUGACUAUAGACUGUACUGGGGUGCAGUGUGUUUUGCAUGAGUAGUUGGAGCAGGGUUCUUUUCUCUGAUGAGAGGGAAAAUCUGAAAUUUCUAGCUACCUUUUAUUAGUUUGUUUUAUCAUUCAUCUCUUGCUAGAUCUGCUCUACCACCCCAGCUUGCUUAGAGAUCUCCUAUUGGAGCUAUGGAUAGGCAAUCCCACUUCUUUCUUUUUCUUUGAAGUCUAAGCACUGAAUGGGGUAACAGGCAGUACUCAUUCACUUCACAGGUCCCCGAAUCUCACCUCACGGGUGCACACUUACACCUUAUCUGGUGUGUAAGGGCCCUGUUAGCACAGGCCUCUCUAACUACAAAAAGAAAUCCAAACUAACGACUGUAAUAAAAAGUAAAGAAGCUUUAGCCAGGUUGGCUUUUAGCAAGGGAGAAAGUCAAAUUUUGACCUUUUUAUGGCCCAAAUCCUGGUUGAUAACUACAGCAUUGCUGCGUGAUUUGAGGAUAUGUAAGUCUGCAGAGCCGGCAUCCUGUAAGACCUUUGGGAAAGGAUGAGAAAAAAUGUCUUCAAAGGCGAGCACUUAGCCUUUAUGUUUUUUUACAACCAAGUCUUUAAGAGUGGAGCCUGUAUGCUGCUUUCCAGGAUGGCAAACAUUAAAGAGCCCAAAUAUAUGUGAACAAUAAGGUCCACCGAAGAUUUCAGUAUAAAAUGUUAAAUUGGUAUGAAGGGAGAGAAAGAAGGGAAAGAUUGGUGCUUUCGCUAAUGUGUAUCAACUCAUCUCUGUCCAGCUCAGUAUUGAAGUGUUAUUUCUGCCAGUAUUAUAAGUGUGUAACAGACCCAUCCUGUCAAAUACAACAUUUUGAAAAGUAUUCAUGUGAAUCUUUUGUGCCAACAGAAAAGUUCCUUCUUGUUCAGCAUUGUUACCUUAGUCUGAUGUUUUUCAAUCCUCUUCGGAUCAGUUCCUCUUGAAAAACCAAAUGAUGAUGAACCUUGAUGGGGCAACCUUUUGAGCAGCUUUUCUGAACCAGGAGAUUUGGUUAGAGGGCCUUUGGUGGUUUCAGACCGGCACAUGGCCUUCAGAUGGCUUCUUCUUGGUCAAGUUUCGUGGGAACUGUGCCCCUGCAAAUGUGUGACUCAGAUCAUUUUCACAUGUUUCUGAUGUAGUUUCGUUGUAUUUGUUACUAAAUAGCUUCUUUGUGCAAAUGCAGUUUUUACACUAAAAAUGCUGUUUAUUUGUAUUGUAAUACAUUAUAAAUUUGUUAUUUAUA